AUGAACACCUACAGGUUGCUUAAAAACGCCGAUCAAAGAUCCGCCAAAUCUGGGCCUGGCAGUGCCGGGUUAUUCCCACGUGGAUAUGGACAAGGGCACUACACGAGACUCGGAUCGAAAACGUUUAGUGCUCCCGGCACUGGUCUAUACCGAACUGUACAUUCGUCACUCACAACAAUAACCAAAUGCAAUCUCACGAAAUCAUCGUCACCAUCACAAAACGAUCACGGCAUCCGCAGCCUUCCUACGACGCAACUCGAAACUAAGCGGCGCAUCUCUGUGAUGAGGCGCACCAUCUAUGCAGACUCGGACGAUCUUUGCGCCUUGGCCGCUGUCAUUGUGCAGUCGUCCGAGAUGCAAGAUGCGGACUUUAGGGAGCAUGGAACUCCCGAAAAUACCGGACAAACAGAUGUCGUUUCUCAGGGUCCACCAUCAGGACAUUGUUCCAGAAAUGCCAUGAGCUCUUCGUCCUCGCCAUGGCAGAGCUCCUCCGUCGUCGUCCCCGCUCGAUUGUCCUUUCUCGGCAUCUACAACCCGACGUUGGGUCCGACCGAUGAGACUUUUCCCGAUCAGCUGGUCUUUUGGUACUCACGCGCGACAGAUGAAGCCCGAAAAACUGCACGUCAGGAUGGUGCUGGGGGAGAUGCGCUCCGGGAGGAGCAGAAUGAGAAGUUGAGACAGAUUGGGCUGGCACAGGGGAUCAUUGAUUUCGCUCGAGCAAUCUGGUCUGACAUGAGUGAGGCCUACAGGACGUUUUCUGAUGGACGACCCGUCGACUCAGUUGAUACGGAAAAGUCAAGGAUUGUAAUGCAAGAGCUUGAACCUGGCUGGUGGGUGCUGGCGUCUGUCGACCUCACAAGAUUACCCACCGCCAAUCAAGCGCCAUCCAAAUCUUCUUCCAAAAAGAGCUCAUCGACUACCGACAAGCCAGCAACCGUUGAAUACUCGUCACGAGAAGUCAGCCCAGCGCCUCUUUUGAUUCAACAGAUCCUACAGGCGCAUCAUAUCUUCCAGUUGCACAACGGUCCUUCCAUAACUGAGUUGUACAUUCGACAGCCACGGCCUAAGUUUUGCAAUCUCUUGGCACGAUUUUGGAUCAGAUUUGCUCGAAGUUGGGAUGUUCUUCUACAUGGCAAUCCAUCUGCAGACCUUUUCAGUGGUCUAAAGUUGUCGGGCGGAGGAGAGUUGGGUAUGGGUGUGGGCGAAGAGACGUGGGGAAGUGGCGAAAGAGAUGUCUUGGAGGACUUGACGAGGCGAACAGAAGGACUCGUUGAUGUGAUAGUAUCACGAUUCGGUGAUUCUCCGUCAUCAGACUCGGAAAAUUCACAUGAUCGAGAUGAAGUUCCAUGGAUGGGAAGUGGUAAUCUUCCUCAGGCACAUGAUGGAGUCGUUUUUGCAGGUUCACAGAUUCUUUCUCGACCCUCGUUACGGAAUUUGUCUAUCUGGAUGAGGCAGAUUUAUACAUAUGGCGAGCAUGCGUAUGGUGCUCGUGAUCAUCCUUCAAGAGAGCGCAGGAGAGGUCGGCGAAGGCCUCCGCCUGCAAGAGAACCCGACCCAAUCAAACCACUAGCACGAGCUUCAGAGGAUGUUGAUGCUAAAGACUGGCAUCCGAAAGCAGAAUCAAACGAGGUACGAACAGAGGGCACAAGGUCUUCUGUCGAGACUGCAAAGCGAGCAAACAUCAAGGACCGAACGACGUCAAGCACAAGUGGACCGAAGAUUCCGGCUCCAAUCGCCGUGGCUAUCGAGCAAGCGCUGGACAAGGCUACCCGACAAGUAGAAUCCGACGCAGACCACGGUGCGGCUGAGGCGUCAGAUUCAGGCACAACGAUGGGGAUUCCAGAUCAGUACAUGAAAUAUCUCACCCUGGGUCUAAGUACUCUCGCUAAACCUGCGCCAUCUAAGCGUCCCCAUAUGCGUCGACUUUCAACAUCAAGCUCUAACACGAUCAAAGCUACAACCCGAUCGAAGCAGACUGAUCACAGUGGACCUAGUUCAAAGGACGAUACCGUAGCACUUGCGCAAGUUGAACCUAUUCCUGAUGGCGAGCCACGACAAGCUAAGAUGGUACGACAACGAUCUCUUGAAAACAAAGGUCACUUUGUCGUCGGCCUGGUGGGAGAUCUGGACGAUGUCAAGUCAGAAGGCGACCCAAGCGAGAGUAGUACCGGUUCCGGAGAAGACGACGAUGCUGCACGAAUUUUGGUCAGAACAGUCUACUUGGAAUUGACCCCUGAGCAUGUCAAAUCAGAAUACAGACGCGCUAAACUAGGAGAUAGCACGAUCAUGGAAGGCCUCGAUGCACUCGAUACGGUAGAAUUCUUGCCGCCGCAAUUUGGGAAUGAUGCUACAAUGAAUUUCCGUCGGCUCCGAGUUGUCGUCUAUGCCCGAAGGCCAUUCGUAUACUGCUUCCUCUUUGAGAACCGCACAUCAUCAUUACAAAUGUCCGGACUCUACAAGAGCUUACAUCGGAACUUGAUUGCAAUCCACAAGCCCAUGGUCUCAUCGACCAGUCCCGCCCGACUCAUCGAGCGCAUUAACGCUUCUCGAGCUGCUGUGCCAGGACAUCUGCUCGAUCCGAAGAGUCUCAAACAGACUUCUCUCGACGAAUCCGCACCCAUAUAUGAUCUUAUUUACGACCCGCAACGUUUGACGAUUUUGACCAGUAUUCCUAAUAUUCCCGAGCCUGGCACUCCGGCAGCCGAAGGCUUAUCCAUGACUUCUCGCGGUGGCUCUGGCAAUACUAAGUCCACCAUUACAACCGCCUGGACUCGCAUCGAAGCGCUCAAUGUCCACAGUCAAGUCCUCAACACCCUCUUGAGCACUUCAUCUCAACCCUCGUCCUCGACUGCGACGCCUUCAGGUUUGAUCCGCCACGAUCUCGAACGCACGAGUAAGACCUCUCGCGGCUGGUGGGUUGUCUGGCUUCGUCUCCCACCCUCGGAUGAACCUUCAGCAAAAGCCCCCGCAUCCCACAAUCGAAACGCCAAGCCCAACUUAUCCUCCAACAACAACAACGAUGGGACCUCGUUCCAAAUCUCAUUCGCAACUUCCAAUUCCACCCUCCCAGGACCUCCUUCCACAACCUCCCCUUCCCAGCGCGGUCCACCGCCCUCAAACGACCGCAUCGCAGUCCUCGUCCGCAAUGGCAACAAUCUCCCCGCGCCAACUAAUACCUCCGAAUCCAAUCUCUACUCUUCCUCCCCUUCCAAUACCCCCCUCACAGCAGCACAAGCUCAAAUGCAAAGUUCUCAACAACAGCAACAGCAGCAACAAGAUGGCCUCAGCCGUGCCGCGGCGAGUAUGUGGUCCGCACUCUCCCUUCGCCCUUAUUCCUCGACGUCACCAGACCAUGGAGCAAAAGGCACAGGAUGGACCUCACUCUCGGCCGUGACUGGCGGAGGUGGAGGGUCGAAUUCUCCUGCUGGGAGUACUGCUGCUGGCAUUGGAGCUGGAACUGCCGCUGCGGGAGCGCUGGGUGGAGGCAUUGGCGUUGAUGCGAGAGGUUGGGUGGAGGGUGUCCUUGGGGGUUUAAAUCGCUGA